AGGAUAAACAUUGACUAAUAAAACUUGCAUAAAUUUAGAUUGCUAUUGAAUCAAGCUUGUAAAAUCGCGACUGAAUUGACAAAUCUAAAAGAUCAACAUCUUCAUUUCGUUCUGAGAGUAGAGAUAGAAUAUACUUGCAUCUGAUUCGAAACAAAACUAUCGAGUCUUUACUUCAGCCAAAAUGACUGCCAUAACUUCAUUUAUUAGUGACAAUAGAUUUAACAUAUUUAAGACCUUUCUGGCAUAUGUGACAUUUUUUUGUUUGGGGUCAGCUUUAAAUCUUCUUGGUUCCAGUUUACUUGAUUUACAAAUACGUUUAGCUGUUGAUUUUGCUAAAGUUUCAUAUUUGCUUCCUUUUCGUAGCGCUGGUCACAUACUUGGGUCAGGUUCUGCUGGCUUUCUUGAGCUGAGAUUUAAUCGAUGUCUCGUCCUUUCCGUUUGUAAUUUGAUUUCUGGCAUCUUUCUUGGUGCUGCUCCAAACUUCUUCCAAUUUGAAUAUGCUGCUUGUUGUCUAUUUAUUGCUGGUCUUGCUCAGGGUAUCAUUGACGUCCUCUGUAAUACAUUGAUUGCCGACACUUGGAAGGAUAAAUGUACGAAUUGGCUACAAGCCUUACACAUGUCGUUGGGAAUUGGUUCACUAUUUACUCCAGUCAUAUGUCGACCGUUCUUAAUACCAGAGGAAGGAGAAACUAGUGUUCAAAGUGCUUUAAAUGAAACUCUUGAAAGUCCCAUAAUUGAAUUGAUUGAUAUCAAGCCAACUGCGAGUGAUGUGCAGGCACAAUAUGCUUUCAUGAUUAUUGGUGUAAUAUCAGUGAUGAUUUCCUUGCCAUUCGGAUGCAUAUUUUUGAAAGAGAGAAGCAAUCAAAGUAAAAACAAAAAUAUUGUAGAAGCAAGUUCCGACACUAAGCCAGAAUGGUCACCGUUGAAAGCCAAUGUAGGAAUAUUUUUAGUAGUCGUAAUCAGUCAUCUUUUAUACAGUUUAGAAGCAGUUAUUGGUUCCCUUGGAGCUUCAUUUUCAGUCAAAUCCGAUCUUCACAUGGACAAAAAGACUGGUGUUUUACUUGCAACUGUUUUCUGGACCUGCUUUUCCUUUUAUCGAUUAAUCUUCAUUCCAUUAACAUUUGUCGUAUCCGAAGUGAAAUUACUUUUGUUAAAUAUAUUGUUCAUGCUUCUCGGAGUAAUUAUUUGUGUUCUUUGGGGAAAUACAAAUCAAAUUUGCAUUUGGAUUGGAUUCGUUUUUUUAGGAAUGGGUUUAUCUCCAAUAUUUUCCGCUGCAUAUGGAAUGCUAGCAAAACACAUUACAAUUACUGGAAAAAUCGCCACUCUUAUCAUCAUUCCUGGAGUUUUUGGCGAAUCAGCUCAUCCAGCACUUGCAGCGACUUUAAUGGCCAAAAAUCCAAUCACAUUUCUUUACUAUGUCGGGAUACUUGGCAUUAUUCUUGUCGUAACAUUCAGUCUUCUCAUUAUUUAUUGUAAACUAGUUUUUAAAACACCUAAUGGUUUUCAGCGUAACACCAACACAAGAUUAUCAGCACUUAGUAUAAGUCGCCAUUAAAACUGCCAUCUUAUUUUAUAACGAUUAA